AAGGAGACGCCAGGCUUCCGGGGCGACGGCGAAGGUCAUGUUCAAGGCACACACGAUUACGAAGAUGAACCAAUGUCUGGAGAAGACAGCAUCGUCAACGUCCACCCAUCGCAAACGCAGACGACGUUGUCGAGAAGCUCUAGUGCAAACUCAAUAUACGAAGAUUGCAUUCCUACUCGAUCGUGGCAGCAGCAGCAGCAGCAGGACCCACACAUUCUGGACCGAAAUCCUGAAAGUCGUACUUGGCGUUCGACACUCCCUUCAUCGGCACAUCGCUCGCUGCUUGAGCGUUAUGGUGAGAUGGAAAUGGAGCGUCAAGAAAUCAUUUGGGAGAUCUGCGAGUCCGAAGAGGCCUUUGUCAAGCGAUUGCGCGUCGUCGUCGAACUCUUUAUUCGCCCCCUCCGAUUACAAAAUAGCAGAUCAUGGAUAUCCGGCGUCCCUCCAGAUAUUGCGCGAUUGUUUGAUUGGCUCGAAGACAUCGUCAAUUUGCACUCCCAGCUCUUCUCCGCAUUGCGCGUGGCCAGAGCGGGUCAGUAUCCUCUCGUCAUGCGCAUCGCGGAAGUGCUGCGGGGCUUCGUGCCCCGCCUCGAGGUGCAUCAGCCCUACCUCGUCAGAAUCGAUGAAGUUGUGGCGAUGAUCAAGAUGAUGACUGGGGAGAACGGAGAUGACUUUGGAGAGUUUAUACGCAUCCAGGAGGAACGUGCGUGUCAAGGGUGGAGUUUAGAGACAGUCUUGCUUGAGCCAGUGAGUCGGUUGUCGCAGUACCCCAUGCGUUUCAAGGUACGCGACAUCGAGCUCCCUUCCUUCGUAUUAGAGGACAGCGUUCAUCAUUGA